AAUGAGGAAGAUUGUGAACAAGAGAGAGAAGAGGCGUUCUCUAACAGGAAGAGGUAGAGGAGAGGAGAGCUAAAUAGUUGUCUUCUAUCUCCGUGUGGCUCACACUGAGAGUUGUCUCACCAAAAGAGAGGGAAUAUUUUAUUUAUUUUUAUUCUGUUCAUGUUAUCACCACUGAUCAUACAGAAUAAAACCUUGUUAAACUGGGGUUUUCUUCAAUCUGAACUCAACAGUAAAACAGAUUUCAUCUCAGACUGAUUCUUCUUGUGGGACUAGUUUUAUUAGGAUCCUACUAGUUGUCAUAAUACCAGUCUGUCUCUGAGAUGGGGUCCAGAACUCUUCUACUUGUUCUGGGUCUUCAUUUCACUCUUCUGGGGUACCUAGAGGCCAUAGAUUGCGGCCUGGGCUUCAUGGUCAAAGAGAGACAACAAUGUGUUGAUACAGAUGAGUGUAAAGAGUGGGACAGUACCCCACCCUGUGGAAGUAAUGCUACGUGUUACAACACACAGGGAAGCUUCCACUGUCAGUGUCAACCUGGGUUCAUAUCCACAAAGACUUUCAAGUUUACUCCUCCCACUGGGGAGUGUAAUGAUCUCAAUGAGUGCCAAGAUACACCACAGGUUUGUGGCAGCAACGCCGCUUGUCUCAACACCAUCGGGAGCUACUACUGCCAGUGUAAACCUGGGUUCAGAUCCACAACCACUGUCAACUAUACUGCUCUCACUGGGGAGUGUAAGGACAUGGAUGAGUGUAAGGAGCAGACUGCUGAUUGCCCAAACAACUCAUCCUGUGUGAACACCCCAGGGUCCUACAUCUGCAUCUGCCAGUCUGGGUACAAACUAACAGAGAGCAGGUGUGAGGACAUGGAUGAGUGUAAGGAGCAGACUGCUGAUUGCCCAAACAACUCAUCCUGUGUGAACACCCCAGGGUCCUACAUCUGCAUCUGCCAGUCUGGGUACAAACUAACAGAGAGCAGGUGUGAGGACAUAGAUGAGUGUAAUGUAACUGCUGGUAUCUGUGGAGCGGGAGGGACCUGUCAGAACCAGGAAGGAAGCUACAGUUGCCUCUGUCUCCCUGGAUACAGUAAUUAUGGCAACAAACAAGCGAGGUGCUCAGACAUAGAUGAGUGUAAUGUAACUGCUGGAAUCUGUGGAGGGGGAGGGACCUGUCAGAACCAGGAAGGAAGCUACAGUUGCCUCUGUCUAGCUGGUUACAGUAAUCAUGGCAACAAACAGGCGAGGUGCUCAGUACUGACAUGUGACCAGUUUAAAGGGGAUGAGACUCCUGGACAGAAUGUCCCAGGUUUAGCUGGUCUCCUGUCUCUGAUGAGGAACAGCUGUCUGGCUUUAAAUAACUCUGGGGACGCAGCCAGAGGGAGACUGACUGGAGAUGGGUUACUGGAGAAUGUCUUCACGCAGAUAGACAGUUUCCUGUCUCAAGGUAUCCUAAGCAACAGCCGUGAGGUGAGUAGGUUCCUCGGCGCUGUGGAGGACGCCAUGAAGCUCAUAGCGCCGCAGCUCAGAAACAACCACACCACCAUGGGAACAGACCACACAGAGGCUGAGAUUGCAGUGAGGAGAGGACAGACUCCGCCCAUUGGGCCAAUCAGCCUGGCCAAUGACAACGCUCGACUGGACACCAGCUGGGAGACAGCCACCGGAAACGGGACGUACCCAGGUUUGACUCUGGCUGGGUUGGUGUGUUACAAGGGAGUGGAGAGAUAUGUCAACGACUCCUUCCAGUACCUCACUGACACAGACACAGACACAGACACAGCAACCGCCACGGCGUCAGAGCCUAACUACCAGAUCAGUUCCAAGGUGGUAACAGCUUUUGUCAGUAACCCAGCAACAGAACAACUCACCAAGCCUGUCAUCCUCACCUUCAGACAUCUACAGGUGAGGGCAGAGUCAUCAGAAAUGAACUAUAGCUGUGUGUUCUGGCGUGUCCAUGAAGAGGGAGGGGCGUGGUCAAGGAGUGGCUGUACCAAAGUCACGUCUAACGCUACACACACCGUGUGUUCCUGUUCCCACCUUAGCAGCUUUGCUGUUCUCAUGGCCCUCUACCCUGUAAAGGAUACAUUUGAGCUGCGUCUGUUGACGUGGCUGGGUCUGUCGGUGUCUGUGGUGUGUCUGUUGCUGUGCAUCCUGACCUUCUGGCUGUGUCGGUCCAUCCAGGGGACACGCACCACCAUCCACCUCCACCUCUGUGUUUGCCUCUUCAUCGCUGACCUCGUCUUCCUCAGCGGUAUCUCUCACACACAGAGCAAGGGAGGAUGUAGGUUUGUAGCAGGUCUCCUCCACCUGUUCUUCCUAGGAUCCUUCAGUUGGAUGUUGUUAGAGGGGGUUCAGCUCUAUCGCAUGGUGGUCCUGGUCUUCAACACUACCAUAAAACCUCUGUACCUGCAUGCUGUGGGAUAUGGACUGCCACUGACUAUAGUCAUCAUCUCUGCUGUCACCUACCCAGAUGGAUACGGUACCACACAACACUGUUGGUUGUCUCUGGAGAGAGGAUUCAUCUGGAGUUUCUUCGGCCCAGUGUGCACCAUCAUCUUCCUUAACGCUUUCAUCUUCAUCAUCACUGUCUGGAGGCUGGCCCAGAAGUUCUCUAGUCUCAACCCUGACCUCUCCAACCUACACAAGAUCAAGGUGUUCACAGUGACAGCAGUGGCCCAGCUGUGUGUGUUGGGUACUAUGUGGAUAUUUGGAGUGUUCCAGUUCCAAGAGGAGGGGACAGUGGUCAUGACAUAUCUCUUCACUAUCCUCAACUCUCUACAGGGAGCACUGCUGUUCAUCAUGCACUGCCUACUGAACAGAACGGUUAGAGAGGAGUAUUGCAAGCUGCUGUCCUGUAUCUGCACACCACAGAAGAAGAGAUACUCAGAUUUCAGCACUAACACCCCUUCCUCCAGCCAAUCCCAGGGGUCAAGGCGUACCCAGAGGACACAGGGGAGUUGCAGACAUGAUGACAUCACCAAUCCCCCAUAAUGCACAUCUUUACUCCCCCUCCCUUUUCAGGCCUGGUCAGUAGAAAAUGUGCCCUACGAGCCCGGCUGGUUAGUAAAAAUGUGCCCUAUCUAGAACCUUAACGGGUUCUUCGGCUGUCCCAGUAGGAGAACUCUUUCAAUAACCCUUUUUGGUUCCAUGUAGAAACCUUUUUUGGAUUCCAUCUAGUUGCCUUUCCACAGAGGGUUCUUCCUUCAACCAAAAAAAGUUCUACCUGAAACCAAAAAGGUGCUUCUAUGCGGACAGCAGAAAAAAACUUUUAGGAACCCCCUUGUCUAAGCGUGUACUAGCCCAGCUGGUCAGCAGAAAACCCCUUUUAGGGAACCCCUUGUCUAAGCGUGUACUAGCCCAGCUGGUCAGCAGAAAACCCAUUUUAGGAACCCCCUUGUCUAAGCGUGUACUAGCCCAGCUGGUCAGCAGAAAACCCCUUUAGGAACCCCUUGUCUAAGCGUGUACUAGCCCAGCUGGUCAGCAGAAAAACUUUUAGGAACCCCCUUGUCUAAGCGUGUACUAGCCCAGCUGGUCAGCAGAAAACC